GCCGAGUUUCACAGCCUGAGUGAGCGGCAGGAGCGCCGUGCUCCCCUCGGCCCUGUGAGUGCUAGGGAAGGCACUUGCGCGCACUCGGGAGGCGACUGGAUGUCACCAGGUGGAACUGAAGUGGAAACAAGCAUUUGUUUCCAUUCUCAAGACGAAGAGGCGAUCUCAUUAGUGCGUAUAAUUAUCUCAAAGGCAGGUGCCAAGAGGAUGGUGCUAGAGUUUUCAGUGGUGCCUGGCGACAGGAUGAGGAGCAAUGGCCAUAAACUGAAACACAAGAAGUUCCACCUCAACAUGAGGAAGAACUUUUUUACAAUGAGGGUGGCAGAGUGCUGGAACAGGCUGCCCAGGGAGGUUGUGGAGUCUUUCUCUCUGGAGACAUUCAAAACCCACCUUGACGUGUUCCUGUGUCACCUGCUCCAGGUGACCCUGCCUUGGCAGGGGGUUUGGAUUAGGUGAUCUCCAGGGGUCCCUUCCGACCAUAACGAUUCUGUGUUUUAUUGAAACUUACAGUGGUGCAGAUGCUGAAAGAUGAGUGGUUAAUGUUCCUUCUGGAUGCUGCCCAAAGCUGGAGACUUGCAGCUCCAGCAGCCCUGAAACCACGGUUAUCCUGAAACUUGCUGUACUGCAUUGUGGGAAGGGGUUUCAUGUGGGUAGGAAGUGGUAGCCUUGCUGGCAUGGUGGUAAUCUGCUGAAAAAGUUGGUGUGAAUAAUUUUGGUUUGAAACCAAGGCUAGUUUGGAACAAAACAGAGGAAAAUACUUAGAGCAAACUGGAGUUCUUAAUUUGAUACAUCCCAUCCUGAAUGCCUGACACACACAAGUGGAACAAUAUAUUAGAUUUUUAAGGGACUUAAAAAAAAGUCUUUUUCAAAGCACCAGUAUUUAUUGUCAAUGUUACUGACUUCUUUCUUGCAGCUGAGUGUCGUGUUUUUAAAUAACUGCUGGUAUUUAAUUAGAGUAAUGGAUUUGAGGUUAAUCUCAAGAACUGGAUCCACCUGUCACGGGACCUGAUUACUGGCAGCUUUAGUAAUAUACAUUUGCUACCAAGGAGGUUCUUGUAGCAAAAUUUGUUUGUUGUUUUGUGGUUGGAUUUGAUUUUGGGUUGUUUUUUUUUUUUUUUACUUUUAAAAUCAGUAUCAGCAUACAUUCUGUGCUGUGCAGUAUUGCCAGUUCUGAUCAUUGAGAACAGUACUGUGCCACGCAAACAGUUUGGGUGAUUUCAUCAGUUACUGUAAACAGAACUUCAACUGUGCCUUUGUUAUAGUUCAGGAAGCUGCUACUCUCUACAAAUUCAGAGGAUCUGUGUGAGAAUGACCAUGUUCUUCUGUCUUCUAUUCUUCGUAACUGGAUCUCAAAGCAGCUACAGUUUGGAAGAGAGCAGUGAAUAUCCUGCUCAGUUAUGAGAAACAUUCACCAACAUAAAACAGUCUGGAAGAAGAUUUCUCUUCAGAGAAUCAGAGAACACAGAACCCUUUAGUAAAACAGAAUAUAUUUAGCAUUUCAUAAGCUUUUGGCUGAGUUGUAAAAAAAAUGAAUCGUUACACAAUUAUGAAACAACUGGGUGAUGGCACCUAUGGCAGCGUGUUGAUGGGGAAGAGCAAUGAGUCAGGAGAACUUGUGGCUAUCAAAAGAAUGAAAAGGAAGUUCUAUUCAUGGGAUGAAUGUAUGAAUUUAAGAGAAGUCAAGUCUCUAAAGAAGCUAAACCAUGCCAAUGUAAUAAAAUUGAAGGAAGUCAUACGAGAAAAUGACCACCUUUACUUCGUAUUUGAGUACAUGAAGGAAAAUCUCUAUCAGCUAAUGAAGGAUAGAAACAAGUUUUUCCCUGAGUCAGUCAUCAGAAACAUGAUGUAUCAGAUAUUGCAAGGGCUGGCUUUCAUCCACAAACACGGAUUUUUUCAUAGGGAUAUGAAGCCUGAAAACCUUCUCUGUAGUGGACCAGAACUUGUGAAAAUUGCAGAUUUUGGGUUGGCUAGAGAAUUAAGAUCUCAGCCACCUUACACAGAUUAUGUUUCUACUAGGUGGUACCGUGCUCCUGAAGUUUUGCUGAGAUCUUCUGUCUAUAGCUCACCUAUUGAUAUAUGGGCAGUUGGCAGCAUAAUGGCUGAGUUAUACACACUCAGACCGCUUUUCCCAGGCACAAGCGAAGUAGAUGAAAUCUUCAAAAUUUGCCAAGUCCUAGGGACUCCAAGGAAGAGUGACUGGACAGAAGGAUACCACCUUGCUUCUGCCAUGAAUUUCCGUUUCCCACAAUGUGUCCCUAUAAGCCUAAAAACUCUCAUCCCAAAUGCAAGCAAUGAAGCAAUACAGCUUAUGAGUGAUAUGCUAAACUGGAAUCCAAAGAAGAGACCUACAGCAAGUCAGGCUUUGAAGUACCCUUACUUUCAAGUUGGCCAAAUUUUAGGACCUCCCCCCCAGUAUCUGGAGAAGCAGACUCCUGUUAAACCAGUUCAGCCAACAGAGCCAAAGUCAUCUUUACCUAAACUGGAAGCUAAGCCAGAACCUCUGUCUUCACCUGAUUUACCUAACAAAACACAGCCACAGCCCUUGCCAAAGGUUAACCACCAGCCUCUCCAGCAAAUUCAGUUGCCUCAGAAUACAGCUAGCCAGCAAGUACCAAAGCAGCAGCAGCAACAGUCACAACCACUUUUUCCAAUUAUCAAUAAAAACUCGUCGCCUAAACAAGCAGCUAGUGGCCCUCUGAAUGGUGUACUAGGUCCUAAAAACUGCAGAAGACGGUGGGGUCAGACUUUGGUAAAGGCUGUGGAUAGCUGGGAUGACUUGGAUGACCCUGAAUUUGGAAUGUCAUCUUCAAAGAAGCCUAGCAUUGCACUGUUAAAAGAAAAGAAAAACAAGGAAUUUCCUUGUAGUGUGCCAGAACCAAAAGCUUCACGCUGUAUCCAGCCAGGAGGGGAAAACAAGAUUCUGAUGAGAAAUGAUUCUGAGAGAUCAAAUACAUCAGCAAAAGAUUACUAUAUAAACCAAUCAAGAUAUCUGCCUGGUGUAAACCCAAAGAAUGUCUCUUUAGCAGCAGUCAAUAAAGAAGGAUCACAUGGAACCUGGAACAACCAAUUGUUUGCUAAAUCACUGGCAAAUUCUGGGGGAGGACUGACUUACAGCAGAAAUACUACAGAUGAGAACUUAAUUAUACCUAUUGAAAAGCUAUCAUGCAAAGAAAGGUUGAAUGAAAAAUUAGAAGAUCCAAAAGGAAAUCCUGGCUUUGUCAGUAGUGGUACUUACAACCCAUUGGGACUAUACACAUCUUCCUUCCAUAAAAAAGAAGUUGGAUCAGCUGGACAACGGAUACAGCUUGCACCUCUUGGUACAUCUGUAUCGGAUUAUUCCUGGAAAAACAAAGCUGCUUGUCCUCCAUUACCAGGUCCUACUUUCAAUGCAGCAGCUAAAAACAUGAGUAUCUUCACUCGCCCCCCAACAAUACAGCGAGUACAUGGGAGAACAGACUGGGUGGCCAAAUAUGGAGGAAACAGAUAGAAAAUACCAUCCUGUGUGGAUAUUACAUCCUCUGUGUUCAGUUCCCCUGCACUUGAGAACCUGAAAAGCCUAUUUGCUCCAGCUUUUCCUAAGACUAUGCAACAGUAAAGAAGAAAAAAAGACCUUGUGUUCUAUUAUUUUAUAGUAUAUAUAACACCAUGUAAAAAACUGGCUGUACAGUAUGAUGCAAUGAAGUAUUGUACAACACAUAUUGCCAAAACUGAGACAUAGAUUUCACCCAAUGUUUUCUAUAGAUAGAUCUCCUGUUCUCAUACUCUUUGGAACAACUAGGGUUAGUAUUGUUCAUCCAGUGCAACAUCUACUGCUGGGAUGUGCUUGAAGCACACAAGCAGCACAAAGAAGGGCUGAAGCAGAGCAGCACCAGGUUUCCAGGUGUUAAGCUGGUUCCUUAGCAGGAAGACAAGAGUGAAAGCACAGAUCUGACUUUGUGAAGAGCAUCAGUCUCCUGCAAGGAUUUCAGAACUCACUUGUAACUAAGAGUUACUCAGGGUCUGUAAGGUACAAAUAUUCAUGUAGCAAUGACAACUGAAACCUUGUGAUAGGACAUAGGCCAUCCACUGAUAGAUAAUACACAAGGAAGGUCUAGAAAUCUGGCUGAUAGAGGGCUGUUGAAUGAUACAGCAAUAUUGGAAAAUAGCUAAACAAGUACUGAAUACUACUUGCCAAGCUGUGAAGUGAAGCCUAACAAUCAGAUUCUGCUGUUUUAAUUAACUUAUUGCCAUUUUUGGUCAAGAUCUGUAGAGAUUUAUCUCUGUCCUGUCAAGGGCGUGUCACAGUGACCUUUAAAGAGCCUAAAUCGCUGCAGUCUGUCAGUCAUUUUAAGGGUGAAUUAGCCAAAAAUGCCUAAAUUGUCACUAAACUCAUGUUCCUACAUGUCUUUAUUGGGUGAUCAGACUCAACUACAGAUUUUUAAUAGGCUAAGUGAAGUUCUUCAAAGACAUUGCUUUCUGUUUUAGAUCUUAAAGGUCUAUUUAGGUACCUGAAAACACACACAAAACUUUAAUAAUUCAGUAUGUCAGUGUUUAUAUGCUCACUCAGUACUUUCCCCAGCUUUUAUGCUAACUUUUAUAAUAAUAUUGCCCAAAGGACUUUGCAAUGUAAAGUGAAUUUUUUAUUAGGAUGUUGAGCUGGGCUACUUUUGUUAACAACUGCAUUUAGAAUAAAUGCUUUAGACUUUAUAGUAACGUUAAACUUGCCCUUUUAAAGUAAAAACUGAGUAUGCUCUUUAAAGAUGUAAAGUUGUUAAUGAUGACUUCAAGCAUUUAAAAAAUUAUUUAUUUGUAUGGCUUUUAUAAAUGAAUAUUAAAAAUUUAACUCCUUUUGUUGACCCAAUGUGUCAUAAUAUAUGGGUUACUUUAACUUCCUGAAAAGCAAUUUAAUCUAAAACAGUUGUACCAAAAAGUCAAACAUUUUGUUAGGAAAACUGCACUUAAAGAAAAUGCCACUUUUUUUUUUAAUACUGUCAGAGCUGUGCAAGGAUAGAGCUGUCUGGUUAGUAAUGCACUACCGAGUUUAAUUCAACUGCCACUGGAUUAAGUAUUUGCCAUUCCCUUAAAACUAAGGUGUCCCUGUGCUACUUAAAUGCAUCUUAAUUUAAUUGUAGAACAUAUCUGUAACUUGCUACGGCAAUGAAGGACACCCUCAGACAGUUGGUAACAGCCAUAAAAGCUAUGACUUUAUAAUUAAAAAACAAAAUUAAUCACUCUUGUACAAGACGCCAAUGGCAGUUAAAAUCACAGCCUGGUCAAGGAGUUAAGUAAUGAUGUGCCAAUAGCUCACGUGUCUGUGAGUCAGUCACCUUAGAGCAGAAAAAUAAACAGCUACUGUUUAUGGCACUAAAUAUGGUCAGAAGAAACAUGCUGUCCUUGGUGCAUGUUAAUGAACCUUGAAAGGGUUUUGACAUAACCAGAUCAGUCUUUACCUGUCCACAAGCAAAGCAUGACAAGUGUUGAAUAAUUCUUGUUGCAAGCAGCAAGAAAAGGCUAACAGGCUUUGUACAGUCAUUUAAUUCUGAUUUAUUGGUACACAUUGGACUGCUAGUGCAGAAAUGCUUUAAAAAAUUAUUAUAUGCUAAUAAAAUUUCAAAGGGGUAAAAAGUAUGUAAGGCUAAAAUUUUUCUCUUGUCCCUUUGCCUGUAUUGCUGCUGUUUAUCCUGAGCCAUGAGCAUUCUACCACAAGUUCUAAAUUACUUCUACCAGCAUUUCUCAAUUCAACCUAUUGCUUUCCAAAGCUCAGGAAACAGCAGCAAGGGUUCACACUUUGAUCUAAAGUAUAAAAGCUUACCAACACACAGACCUGCCCAGUUUUCUGCUUUCUAUUGUCUUUAUUCUGUUAAAGACAACUGCAAUUCAAAUUCACAAGUUACCUGGCUUGAGACCAGCAUUAUACAAUUACAAAACUGCUGGGUCAUGGCUGUUCUCAGUUUAUUGCAGGAGAUGCACUUAUGUUUGCUUCCUACUCCUAUGGAAGAAAACUGCUUCAACAGUAAUAUGAAGAGGCAAAAAGCCCCCCCAUAAAGCAGUUUAAGGAGAAGUGUCUUAGAUGCUAAUGUCUGGCUUAGUAACUUUUUCAAAUUCGAACAAAGACAUGGGGACACCUGCCUACCAGUGCUGGGUCCUGGGCUGGAAUUAGGCACUUAAAAGGGUGACAUGUUAACAAACCAUUUACUGUCCUUCAUGCCCCUUAUUUCUAUUCAGGGAGGUAGGAGAGAAAUAUAAAUACAGGUGAACACCUGAAGCUGAACUCUGCAAGGUGAUGAAUAAAGGCUCUAAGAAGAUGCUCUGAGCACAGUUCCCCAUCCAGAUCUGUCUGUGCUCAAGCCACCUCUGACCCUCGCUGCCUGGCCUGGGACCAGGCUGCUGAGACACUUGCUGGAGGUGCACCCAUUCCUCGCCACGUCCCUGCAGAUCUGGAACCCAGUCUGACUGACCUGGCAUCCUGGCUUGAUCUCAGCCCUGCCUCAUCCCUGUGACUUGCCUGGCAAACCACCUCCCUGCUGGCAGAGCCUGGCUGUGGCCACUGGCCCAGGUCUGUGCCUCCUGCUCACACAGCACAAGGUCACUGCCCUGCCUGUUCUGCUGUGACCAGGGAGGAGGAAAUGAAAACCACAGGAUGUGACCCUCAUGCCAAGGUACAGCUCUGAUACUCUGAGAAUUUUGAGCAACUUCAAGUCUCACCAAUCUAAUCCACCAGCCCUCUUGCUUCCAUCUCUCUCAGUACCAGGCACCAAAGAAAUAAGGUUGAAGAAAUCAAAGCUCGGGAUCUGUGCAAAAGGGACAGAAGUUAAAUGUGACCAGAAAAGGGAUACAUUACCAACUGUGUCUAUCUUCCAGGAUAUUUCUCUAUGGAAGGUUUAUAUUUAGAAUGAUUUCAGGCAUUAAGGGAAUCAACUGAGGACAAAGACUGAUUAAAUAAGCCCGUCGGUCUUUAAAUAAACUUUCAUACAGCAUUUUCUAAAUCUUAAGUAGACUAUCUCCUCAGAAAACAAAAUAAAACAAAAACUAUCAAAAAACAAACAAAAAAAACAAGCAAACAAAAAACCCCAAACAAAUAAAAAACCAAAACUCAAGCUAAAAAACUUCAAUAUAAUACUUGUCUGAAUAUGUAGUCUGUAUGCUUUUGUGCUCUCCACCUCCCUCCCAGUUCAGAUUUUUAUAUUUACAAGUUACUAAAUUCAGGGAUACAAUAGAUUACUUAUACAAUUCAUGCUCACAAAUAUAUCCUGACACCCUGCAGGAAAGGCACCAAACUGUAUCAAUCCAGAUGAACGAUUAGAGACAAAAUAAGCUGUGUAGAACACAAAAGUUUGCAAUAAUAAUUUCUUAGUUUAUUUAAAAUAAUGUUUUAAUAAAGCUGUGCCUACAAUUCAGCAUUA